CUCCCUCAUUCUCUGCCUCGUGCCCUUAGGAUACAGCCUUGUGCCCUUCUGGUCUCCGCUAAGCAAGGAAGCAUCUACGAACAUGAAGAUCAGGUUCGCCUUUGUGUUGUUGGGUUUUCUCGCCGUGAUUGGUAUCUCGUCAGCAACGCCGCCAGCUGACAGGGACAACUACUACGAGCUGGUUAACCAAGACGAAGAGGAAACAUACGGAAUUACCAACUACGUCAGCAGGAUGAAAAGAGACGCUGAUGAUGAUGAUGACGACGAUGACAAAGAUGAUAGUGGAGAUGACGAUGACGAUGACGAUGAUGACGACGAUGACGGCAAUAAGAAGAAGAACAAAUCCCCGAAGAAAGAAGAGGAGCCGAAAAUUGAGCCUAAAAUGGAAGAAGACCCUCCCAAGGAAGAGGACCCUCCGAAGGAAGAGGAUCCUCCCAAGGAAGAGGAUCCUCCCAAGGAAGAGGAUCCUCCCAAGGAAGAGGAUCCUCCCAAGGAAGAGGAUCCUCCCAAGGAAGAGGACCAGACAGAAGCCCCCGCAGAGUAAAUUCGCCCACUACGUCCUCCCAGUUGUUGGUGAUAACAGUUCAAAUGAAUAACAUUAAUGGUUAAUGAAAGUUAAUUGCACUGCAGUAUGUAAAUUUCUGUAAUAGUUUCCAUCUUCGUUAUAUUAGUCAAUUUUACUGUCCAAACCAAUUCUUUUGCUGGAUAUGACGAAACUGAUGUAAUGAAUUUUAUGUUCAGUAUGA